GCGAUGAUGAGCCGUACCCCCGAUGCCAGAGCCAGGGACAGCCAGACGAAGCAGAUCCAGGAGAACAUCACAAAUGUAGAAAAGCACUUUGGAGAGAUGUGCCAACUCUUUGCUGCCUAUGUACGCAAAACAGCCAGGCUACGAGAUAAGGCAGACCUGCUGGUCAGGCAAAUGAGCCUGUAUGCCGACACUGAAACGCCAAACCUCAAGAGGGGCUUGAAACAGUUUGCUGACCAACUGGCCAAGAUUCAAGACUACCGUCAAGCUGAGGUGGAGAGACUUGAAGCUAAAGUUGUUGAGCCAUUAAAAAGUUAUGGGGCUGUUGUGAAGCGUAAAAGGGAAGACCUGAAGACCACCCAGAGUGCCAGAGACAGGGAGGCUAAACAGAUGGCUCAGCUUGAGAGGACCAGGCAGAGAAACCCCUCAGACAGACAGAUCAUCUCACAGAUAUGCUGCAUUUGGUUCAAGUGUGCUAUGCUGCAUAUUGUUGUGUUUUCCCGCCAGGCUGAAAGUGAGCUCCAGAGAGCCACCAUGGACGCCACACGAACCACCAGACAGCUGGAGGAGACCAUAGAUGAGUUUGAGAAGCAGAAGAUCCGAGACAUCAAGAAGAUCUUUGGUGAAUUUGUAACGGUGGAGAUGUCAUUCCAUGCCAAGGCUUUGGAGGUGUACACCUUAGCCUACCAGAGCAUUCAAAGUGUGGAUGAGGAGGAGGACCUCGAGGUGUUCAGGAGCCUGCUGCACCCCCCUGAGUACCACUCACGCUUAGAAAUAGUUCGAGCAAAUUCCAAAACUUCCCUCGAUCGGACAGGGUCCUCCCUGGGUAAAUCAGGCUCCUUACAGCAACAAAGAACUUCCAGUCGACCAAGAACUAGAGAGCAGGAGGAGGAGGAGGAAGAUGAUGAAGAUGAAUCUGAAGAGGAGGAAGAUGAGGAUGAAGAUGAAUUUACAGAUGAUGAAAAUUAAGUAAAUCCUCAUCUUAAUUUGUGUGCUUUUGUCUGGAGAAGAAAAAACAACAAUCGUGAUAUAACUUGUCAACAAGUGCUUGUGUCACAGCUAAAGUAACCUUGCACUAAGUGAUGUGACCAGUAUUAAAGCUAAGAUUUACCUUAGCAGAUGUGUGAUGCGUUGUGAGGCAUCAUGCGGGGUUAUACUAAUUGCCUUUGAAAUGUUAUACAUGUAUUGUCUGCCAUAUUUUUGUAUCCUAAUCUCUGUCAAAAGUACAUUAUUUUUGGUAGUCUUUCGAUGUACCCAUGUAAUAUAUUGCACAGCUAACACCUGUAUUUAUCAAAAAAGGCGUUGCUUGUCAUUUAUAACAAAUAUGUCCGGCCUCAUCAUGUGCUGUUCCAUAAUUAAAGGCACAUCAAACCCCGGUGCCUUUGCAUAAGAUGUCAGCCAAGAAAAUGAUCAUUGUUAUUAAAUAAAUUGGUCUGUGUGA